AUGUCACACCCUGGUGGUGCCACAAAUCUUAUAAUAUCGUUGUCAGGAGUUUUAAAAGCAAUUUCUUUCAAAUAUCCACGCGCAAAAUGGUCUUCUACUUUGCAUGAAGUUUUAAUGUCUUUUUAUGCUUCAUUUUUUCAACCGGAUAAACAAUGUGUUCUUGAUAAUCUAUCAAUACAUAUAUAUGACUUUCUGUGUACAAAGGACUAUCCUGGUGUUUCGACCAUUCAUAAGAUCGCUUCAUCUACAAGCACUCUUGUCAGAAAUGCACCGCUUGGGCUACAACAUACAUUUUGGUUUUGCUUAUUAGAUUUUUUCCAAAGACUCAUUCUUAUAGCAUCACAAAACGAUGAUAAAACACUCAUUUAUUCAUAUGUCGCAGCGGUUUCAUCUUUCGAACAUUCGCAAGCUGAUUCUAUACGGUUUAAAGCGUUAGAGAUACUAAUAAUCUUAUUAAAUAACUAUCCGACAUUUCGUGAUCGAGUAGAAAGCUUCAUAGACAGGAAAAAAAAAGAACCAGAAUUCAAACAAUUUUUUAAUGAAAUAUGUAAAAAAGUUCAGUUGGACAAUGAACUUAUAACACAAACAAAACUAUCAGUCAAUGAAAAUAUAGUUUCAGAUCCAUAUUAUACAAAUAUUUGA